GUCGCACACAGUCUUGCACGUCGCAGAUCGCACAGAGCCCACAAAACUCUUUCGUGUCAUCGCCACUACACUUACAAAAAAAAAGGUCUCGGGGUUGUCCGGAAUCUACAGCUCUCGAAUUCCUCCGGAACGUAGUGCUCGCGUGGCCGUGCGGUAUCGUGUGAAAAUGGUUCGGGGCUCCGACCGGUGGUUCGUUGCGUUUGGUUCCGGCCGCUAGGGCGCUCAUCCGUGUUGCUGUAUAUCUGUGUUUGAUAAAGUGUGUUGUACCGCCCUCGCCCCCUCCGUCUCUCUCUGUCCCUCCCUGCCUCUGUCUCUGUCUCUCCCAAAGUGUAUAGUACCAAUAUACCCCACUCGGGCAGAGAGUAGUAGUAGAAACAGAGCGGCAGAGUUGUGACCUCCUCCUGAUAGCGGCAACGGCAGCCCAUCAUCUUGCUUUUGGACGACGACGACGGCGGCGGAAAAUGUGCGUAAUUGGAUCACCAGCUAAUUGAUGGAACACGGCCGCCACAGAUGACGACGACAGCAGUCGGCCAGUCGAAACCACCAGCAGAAGCAGCAAACGGGAAGACAACGCUUCUUCCCCAAAGACCGUGAUAACGCGCGCAUUUGAACAUGUAUUUGUAAAUGAUUAAUUAAUCAAGGCUGGUUUUGUUGCGAGAGCGAGAAGAAAAAUAGUGAUUGUGAAACUCGUGUGUGUUAAUCGUUAUUGUUGAAAGCCGGGACACAAACCACAAAUUGAACAUUGUUGGGAGAUUGGGAAGGAAGAAAGAAUAAACUUUGAAUCGUGCCCGUUUAUUGACCCCGUUUUUUGAGGGACUUUUGUGUGUUUUUGUUCGUUUGUUUUUGUUACGUUACGUUACGUACUGUGAAUCGCGAAAAUCUCCAACUCUCCGGAGAGUGAAGAGCGCGCGGGAAGUGUUUGUGGAAGCAAGGAGCAGAAACAGGAAGACAUAAUUGAAACUACGGACCGAGCCGGUGGUGGUGUGGGUGCCUACCGUCCCAAGCGCUUUUCGAUGGUAAAGGCACCGGUGUUAACCUCCGUGCCACAGCAGCAGCAGCAGCAGCAACAGCAGCAUCAUCAGCCACAACAUUUUCAUCAAUUUUCCCUGCCACCUCCGCCGAUCCUCAGCGGAACCUCCAGCAGUGCCAAAAGCGGCAGCCGGAGUUCUGGAAAGAUGGCCAGUGGAGGAAGUGGAAUUUCGGUGACAACGACGACCGCGGCCGCAAUUGCCGUGGUGGCCCCGACUGCUCGAACGGUCCAAGUUUCGACGGCAUCGUCCGCCAACGGUGGCGGGGCCGGAGCCGCGCCGGUCCUGUCGAUUCAGCAGGCCGGCGCCGCGGUUUCGUUGAAGACACCCACGUUGCAGGCGCAAAGACUUCAACCGUUGCACCACGUCCAUCACCACCACCACCAUCAGCUGAUCAAUGGUAUCGCAACGGUGGCAACGGCCGCCGCCCCUCCGACAGCGGCAACCCUUCCGGCAAAUGCAGCCGCCGGUGUAGGGCAUCCCGCGGCACCGGCCACCGCCACUUGGCCAAUCGUGGAGCCGGUUUUCCACUUCGGACCAGGCUUUGAACCGCAAACGCGACCCUACUGUCCGGCCCAUUCGCAACCGUCGGAGCACGUGGUGCUGUUUCACGUCAACCCGGGAGUAUCGGUGACGUUCCAGAUAGGCAACAGCCGGGAAAUUAUUCGAGGUCCAGUGACCGUGCCGAUGGUGUCACAGAACGGUACUCCUCCGAUGGCGAUGCCGGUGCAGGUUCCGCCGGGCCACGUCAUGCAGCAGAUCGUGGACGAAAACGGCACGCUGCGGCACGUCAUCCUCUCCACCCAGCACCAGCAGCUCGGCCAGGGCGGUGUCCAGCAUCAUCUGCAUGGACAUUUUAUUAAUGGUACUACACCGCAGUACUUUAACCCGCUGGCCGCUGGCUACCAGGCGGGACCGGGACCCGGGGGACCCCACAUCUACCAGUCGCCCCUAAUUACGGGCGGUGGACAGGCUGCGGCGGCGGCGGCGGCUGCCGGAGGUGGGGCUGGAACCCACACCAUCCACACGGCGGCCGGGGCCCAGCAGUCCAACGUGACCCACUCGCCGUCACCGCCCCACUCCAACAACAACCAGUACCACAAGGACGAACGAACCCAGCGGCAGCACACCAAACUGCUGCGAAAGCUCGAGCAGAAGCACCGCGAAGUACUGAAUGCCGCCCUUACGACGCAGCUGCCGCCCUCGCCGCGAAAGCACACCGAGGUCAACGGGAACGCACGUAAGCAUCAGCAGAACCAGCAGCAGCAGCAACACCUUCAACUGCAUCAACAGCAUCCGCUGCAGCACUUGCAUCCGGGACUGCUUCAACAGCAUCCGCACCUCCAUCCGCAGCAGCAGAACCCGAACCAGAACCAUCAGCAGCAGCAGCAGCCACAUCACCGUAACGGAACGUCCUCGCAGGACACGUCCGAGGACGGUGAAGAGUCUUCCAGCAUGCCGGACGAAGAGGACGACAACACGCAGAGCAUCGUGGAACACCUGAGCUCGGUGCCGUCGCCGCAGGUCAACGAAAUUACGUCCCGAUCGGCGUUGUUCCAGUGGGCGGCGCCAAGUCCGUUGCCCCCGCACGAGUCGCUCCCGUUCAACGUGCACGAUCUGCACUACGAGCUGCUGCUGAGCGAUCCGGGCAAGGAGAACAAGUACAAGAGCAUCUUCAAGGGCAGCUCUCUCAGCUGCAUGGUGCAGGAUCUGCGACCGGGCCAGGAGUACACCGUCCGGCUGCAGGUCUACCUCGAGCAGCUGCACGGCUCACCGACGGAAGCGUCCACGUUCAACACGCCGCCGUGCGAACCCGACACGCCCAAAACGCCCACGUUGAUUGCCCGAACGAAGAACUCGCUGCAGCUACGUUGGAACGCCGCCGUCGACAACGGGUCGCACAUUACCAACUACAUCCUGGAGUACGACAACGGCAAGUACAACGGAAUGAUCCACCUGAUCAACGCCCAGAACUGCGACUUUGUCGAGGUGUGCAAAACCAAGGGCAAACAGUUCACCGUGAACAAGCUGCACCCGUCAAUGUGCUACAUCUUCCGGCUGUCGGCGGUCAACGAGUACGGUCGCAGUGGCUACUCGGACUUGGUCAAAUUCAACACUGCCGGCAAUCCGCCACCACAACCGGCACCGCCAACGUUGCAGCACGCGACGGCCGCCUCGCUCAAACUGGCCUGGCAGCGACGAUCGCCGAGCGAAGGCUUCACGCUGCAAAUGAACGACCUGGACCUGGGCUACGGGUACAAAAACAUCUACACCGGGAUGGACACCGUGUACGAGUGUGUAGGUUUAAGACGAGCAACGACAUUCCAAUUUAGGGUAAAGGCCGAAAACGAAAACGGCCAGAGUCCGUUCAGCAAGGAGGUAGUGUUCAAGACUCUGCCGGCGUGCCCUGGCCGGCCAACGAAACCUCAGGUGAAGGGAAAGAUUCACGCAACAGCAUUUAAGGUCAAGUGGGACCAACCGAUGGACACGGGCGGUGCCGACAUCCAGCUCUACCAUCUGGAAAUCAGCUCCGGUGCAAUGUACGAACGGAUAUACAGCGGCAAAGAGUCGGAAACGAUGAUCGAACGGCUAAGUCCGGGAACGGCUUACCAAAUCCGCGUACUCUGCGAAGGCCCCGGAGGAAUCAGCACCUUCUCGGAACCAUCCACGGUAACGACGGAACCGGUCGCCCCACGGCCACCCCAACGACCGUACUGCAGUGGCGCACCAACGCCGUACGCCGCCUGUCUCAUGUGGGACAAACCGGACUACAACGGCGGAGCGCCAAUCCUCGAGUACGAAAUGGAAGUCGAGUUGACGAACAAAACACGCCAAUCGUGCUACCGCGGCAAGGACCUCUUCUGCGUCGUGAAAGACCUCCGACCGGGUGAGAUGUACACGGUCCAGGUUCGUGCGUACAACCGCAUCGGAGCCGGCGAGUGGUCCGAAGAGUACAGUUUCCACGCGGGAGCAGCACCGCCAAACGCUCCCAAAGAGCUGACCAUCACGCUGAAAUCGCCAACCCAUCUAACUGUGAUCUGGGACGAACCGCACUGCAACGGAGCGCCAAUCAGCGAGUACAUCCUCCAGUCGAGUACCGCACCGGACGCCGAAGCGGAACAGUCGCUCUUCCAAACCGUCUAUCACGGCCAGCAGCGAACGGCUGAGCUGAAAAAUCUCGCACCAUUCACCAACUACCACUUCCGGGUUUGCGCGGUCAACAGUGCCGGCAGUUCCCGCUACUCGACCACAUUCUCGCAAAAAACGCCCGCGGCACCGCCCAACGUGCCCGUCCUCGGGCAGCACAAAAUCACGGCCAAAAGUAUACUUAUCUGCUGGGAGACCCCGCAAUCGAACGGAUCCCAAAUCACCCACUACAACAUUGAGUGCGGCGAUCGGGUCAUCACAAGCGAUGCCGCUUCAACCUUGUGCCGAAGCACGCGAACCCGCACAAGCGGCGAUCACUCCAAGCGGUCGGCACGACGCGACGAAGAGGACGACGAAGCAGUCUCCGAUGCCGACGAGGACGACUCGGACCCCGAAGAGGAGGAAGAAGUCGAGGACGAUGCGUCGGAAGCGGCCAGCAUUGCCAGUGCCACGCUCGCCGAAAAAGCAAACCGCAACGAACUGCUCAUCGAAGACCUCCACCCGGAGAGCGUAUACAAGCUGCGGAUACAAGCCGUCAACGAGAUCGGCACCGGACCCUUCUCCGGAUACAUCAAAUUCACCACAGCACCACUGCCACCGAAACCACCAAAGCUGGAAUGCAUCCAGCAUGGCUUCUCGCACCUGAAGCUGCGCUGGGGCGAAGGCAAGAACCUCGUAGAUCUGGCCCGGUACUACGUCGAGCUGGAAAACGCCCGCACCGGCGAGUACCAGAACGUGUACACGGGAACGCGAAGCACCUGCAAGGUGAUGAAACUGCACGAACUCACCCCGUACACGUUCCGGAUAGCGGUCAAGACCAAGCACGCCGGCAUGGGCGAUUACUCGGAGGAUUUCGUGUUUGUGACGAGUGCGGCCACGCCCAACACGAUCAAAGCGCCACGCGUUUACAUCGAACCACUGAACAGCGGAGGAAGUGGCAACAACUCGCCCGCCCAUCCACCCUCGUCGGUCAACGGAAGCGUCAGCAAUCUGAACACCAUUGUCCAGGGAAGCACCCAUCUGACGACGGGUCAGACGACGGCUGCGGGAGGAGGAGGAGGAGGAGCAGGAGUGCUGACGAUCGAGUGGCAGACGAGCCGAAACAAUCCGUUUGCCGAUGCGAUCGAGUACGUGCUGCAGAUCGCCAAGAGCAAGGACCAGGACUUUCAAGAGGUUUACCGCGGUCCGGAGACGCGUUACACCAUCCACAACCUGAGCUACGGCGUCGGUUACCUGUUCAAGGUGUGCCCGAUCCGCAUCCGGUCCAACGGGGAGGAAAUCUACGGCGUAUUUUCGCCCUCGCUGCACCACCAGCUGACACCGCACCGGGUUUCGUCCGCAAUGCACGGUAGCCACUCGCGCUUCAACGGGUCCGGUCACGAUGAUGUUGACGGUGGCAGCGGAACGGCUGGCGCCCACCAGACGCGGACGCUGUACGCCGGCAACGUGGUCAACAGCCGACACGAACUGAUUCUGCGCAAUCCGGCCGUUGGUGCUGGCCACCAACAGCAUCAGCAUCAGAACCAGCAUCAGCACCACAGUUCAGCAUCGGCACAAAGUCUGCUGGCGCUGCCCAGGGGUGGAAAUCUGGUCCAGACCGUGUCGGAACUGUUGGAGGCGGACUCGAGCAAGGCGGUCGUGUGCGUUCUGCUGUUUAUCGUGCUGUCGGUGAUUGUGGCCGCGUUUCUCAAGUGAGCAAGCGUUGAGUCGUCGUCGUCGUCGUUGUUGUGUUGUAUUUUGUCGUUUUGGUUGUAUGAACAAAAGAAAUAGUGAAUGGGAAAACAAAGAAGAGGGAGGGAGAGAGCAUUACACAUACCGAGAAAAAAAAAAUAACAAAAAUAUAUUCGUAUAAUCAAAAUGCAGCAUCGCCGCUCUUAUCGUUCUCGUUUAGCUUAUCUCAUCAGCGACGCAGCAGCAGCUCUCUUUUGAAUGCUCUUUCGAUGAGACUUGGAGUAAGUAAGAGAGGGAAAAUUGAUGGCUGGAUUGGGUUGAGAGGGAAGUCGUGGUGUUUUUAUUUGUCGUGUAUUUUAUACGCUUGUUACUAGCAAACUAUGCUCAAAUUAACCAGCUACUCAAAGCUACUUGUCGUGGAAGCCGUUGGUAUAAUUUUAUUUAAAAAUAUUUUCAGGGUGGCCACUUUCAACCUAGAAUUCAUAUAAAUUCAGACGUAUUUUUACAUGAAAUUUUGCAUUUUUUUUCAAUUAUUUUAAAUGAAUUAGACUUUUACUUUGUAAUUUUUUAGCAAAUUUUGUUUCUCUAAGAACUGAAUAGGAAACUUAAAGUAAAUUUUCAAAACAAUCUUGUGCAAUUUAUUUUCUAAUUUUUCAUACAUCUUUUUUAAAUGGCCAUCCUUUCAGACAAACUUAUUUUUUUUUUCGAAAACAACAAUAUUUUAAUCGAUUAAUAUUAAUAUUGCUGUGACAGUUGCUGUUGCUUCCGUCAAUAAAAUACACAAAGUAAACCCCAAUAAAAGAGCCAACAAUUAACCAACUUGCUGUUAGCUUCAUUGAGAAAAAGCGAAAUUAGCUGAAAAGAUCAGAGAGAUAGAGCUGGGUAACAAAAAAUAUUCUAUGUUAAAUUUGCUAUAUUGUUUAUCUCACAAAGAUCACACACUCACUCAUACAUACACACACAAACAAAUUCAAACGUUUAUUCUGAUUAUGGUGAACAAGUGGAAACGUUUUUAAAAAAAUGCCCGCGCAAAACAGUGUCCUUAUCAUACGCUUACACAAAGUUUAAAAAAGUGUUUAAUAAGAGAUUUGAAGAAAUUUGUUGUCGUCCACUCCUUCUUUAAAAAAAAGCAUUGUUUUCGGCGUGCGCGCUUUGUUGUGUUGCAAGCGAUAAGGUCAAAUCUGCUACUGAAAAAAAAACUGACGAAAGAAAAAGAAAAACAAGUAAUAGCCAAUAAAACAAGGAAAACUAUAGUAUUAUUAAUCGUAGAAGAAAGAAACUUACAAAAACACACUCACAGAAAACACAAACAACAAACAGAAUUGAGCUGAAAAGGUUAAAACGCUGCAGAAAAGUAGACAACACGCCACACUCACACACACCACCAUAAUAAAACCAUUUCUCUCUUAUAAAAAGCCCUUCGUCGAGGGGCAAACAUGAUGCAUUCCAUAGAAGCUCUUUUUUUACUUUGUAAUCCUUUUUAUUAUUUAAAUUAUUACAGGCAAUAUACUUAGAAAAAAAAAACAAGGAAUCAAAAUAAUUAAAACACCAUUAAUGUGUAAAAAAAAUCGCUACCAAGAUGAAUUUUAAUAUUAGGAUAUUAUGAAAAACAAACAAAAAAAAACAGGAAAAAAACAAUUAUGACACAAAUCCACACACUAGAAACAGGACACGCAGAUCUGCACCUAAACAAAAAUCCACAUUUAAUUUAUCACACCAGCUUGCAGUUAUGAUUUAACGCAGUUGGCCAUGGAGCAUUCAAACAAGAACGUUGACCUACUUAGUCGGAGACAUUUCCAUGGCCUACCACCACAAACACCAACCGAAACAUUUAUUAGUUUGAAAACCACGGUGAAAAAUGUGCAAUUUUUAAUACCUUUUUUCGUUUUUGUUUUUUUUUCUGCUAGGCAUUUCUCCCAAUUAUUUAGUUUAAUUCUAUUUAAAUUACAAUUUAUUUUAUUUUUUUCACCAUAGUUGCAAUUAUGCAAACAAAACAAACACACGCAGAAACCCCGUAGUUAGAAAAUUAACCAAUAAACAUUUACACUAGAAAGAAAGAGCGAGCGAGAGAGGGUAGCAAAAAAAAAGGAAAGAGCAUUUUUUCUUAACUCUAUUUUUUUAUUUGUUAUUUAGUUUUAUUCUAUUACCCUCGAAAACGUAUUUGCAAUAGGCGAGUCAAAUUUCCCCCAACUUUAUUUGUGUAUUAUUUUAUUGGUAAACUUUUGCAAUAACAAGAAGAAGAUAAAAAAACAAGAGAAAGCAUAUUUACAACCUUAUUUAUCACACAAACAGACAAACGAAUGAUUUGUAAGCACCCUUCAGUUCACCCAUUUCCGCGUUCAAAACGUUCAACACACACAGGCAAGAAAGAAAGAGAGAGUGCAGAGAAGCAAACGAACAAGAGUUAUACGAAAUGAGAGAGGGAGAGCAGAACAAUGCAGGAAGCAGGGAGACAAAAAAACUUUUAGGGAAAAUUGUACUAUAUUUAAAGAAACAGAGCAUUUUCGGUUGUUGAAAAUUUUGUUUUAUGAUUGGGAGAGAGAGAAAUUAAACGAUUGUGCUGGAGCAAACGGACAAAAAGGCUUUAACUACUGAUUUUAGGAAUAUCUAAAGUAAAGAGAAAACAAAAUGUGCAUAUAAAAAAAGUAUCUUAACCGUACACACCCACUCAGACACUCACAAGAACAGACAAAACAUACGUCAGAACGUGAAGGACGAGAGCAAACAAAACAACAAACACAAAGUAAACAUACGCAAAGCAAACCACAAAAUAUGCUGCAAAUCGAAACAAAACUGUACUACAUGUAUAACUACAAAUAUACAGAGAGAAGAAAAAAACGCAAAAAAAAAACAAUUGUAUAUUUCAUUACUGUUCAAGCUGCUUGAAUUUUGUUGAAACACAGAAAAAAAAUCAACGUGAUUGUCGUCAUCGUCGUCGUCGUGUAAAUAUAUAUGCAAAAGAGAAGACGGAAGAAGCUCUGUGAAUUGUUUCGCUUCACCAACACAAACCACAAACAAACACGUAUGUAUUCUAGUGGAACAAAACAAAACAAACAAAAAAAAAAACAAUGAGAAACGGAAACGAAAUGAGAAGGAAAUCAAAAUGGGAGAGAGCAAGGAUGAACGCGCGUGACUAGGACAAAACUAAUAAAUAAAUAAUGGUAAACCUAGGUUUCUUGUAUUAAUUCUAUGCAUAAACUGAUAAACAAUACACACCCACAAAACAAACAACCUACUCUAUUGAAUGAUGAUGAUGAUGA